GGGGAGGGCCCACAGGCGGAAACCAGGGCCCAGCUGCUCCGGUACACCUCCCUCCCUCCCUCCCACUCCGCCCUGCUCCUGUCUCUGUCACUCACACAGCCGACCCACAGGCCGGGCAGCCAUGGCGCCAGUGCUCAUCUGGAUUCCUCUUGUGGGUCUCCUGACAGGGCUGGGAAGCAUCAAGGCCCAGCAGACCACCCUGCACCCGCUUGUGGGCCGCAUCUUUGUGCACACCUUGAACCAUGAAACCUUUCAGCACCUUCCUGAGCACGUCGCUGUCCCACCCACCGUCCCUAUCACCUACCACGCCCACCUUCAGGGACACCCAGACCUGCCCCGGUGGCUCCGCUACACCCAGCGCAGCCCCCACCACCCUGGUUUCCUUUAUGGCACCCCUACCCCAGAAGAUCGUGGACGCCAGAUCAUCGAGGUCAUAGCCUACAAUCGAGACAGCUUCAACACCACCCAGCAGAGGCUGGUGCUGUUCACUGGCAACCCAGAAGGCCCCCUGCUGCCAUACCAGGCUGAGUUCCUGGUGUGCAGUCAUGAUGUAGAGGAGGUGCUUCCCUCGGCACCUGCCAGUCGCUUCCUCACAGCCUUGAGGGGGCUCUGGGAGCCGGGGGAGCUCCAGCUGCUCAACAUCACCUCUGCCUUGGACCGUGGGGGCCGCGUCCCUCUUCCCAUUGAGGGCCGCAAGGAAGGGGUGUACAUCAAGGUGGGCUCCGCCUCACCCUUCUCCACCUGCCUGAAGAUGGUGGCAUCCCCUGACAGCCACGCUCGCUGUGUCCAGGGCCAGCCUCCGCUCCUGUCCUGCUAUGACACCUUAGCACCUCAUUUCCGAGUUGACUGGUGCAAUGUGUCCCUGAUGUCACCUAGGAAAUCUGCCUGUGAUAAGGAACAGAUAGCCGUCACCCCCAUGCUCACUACUGCUCUUUGGGAUAUUGAGCAGAGCCGCUCCUGGGUCAGCCCUGGGCUCUCUGAGCAGGUGGAUAAAUCAGUGCCAGAGCCCGCAGAUGAGCUACCCACCCCGGGCGAUGGCAUCCUGGAGCACGACCCAUUCUUCUGCCCACCCACUGAGGCUGCAGCCCGAGAUUUCCUCACCGAUGCUCUAGUUACCCUCCUCGUGCCCCUGCUGCUGGCCCUGCUGCUGGCCCUGCUGCUGGCCUACAUCAUGUGCUGCCGGCGGGAGGGACGGCUGAAGAGAGACCUGGCCACUUCUGAUAUUCAGAUGGUACACCACUGCACCAUCCGCGGGAACACGCAGGAGCUGCGGCACAUGGCAGCCAGCCGGCAGGUGCCCCGGCCCCUCUCCACGCUGCCCAUGUUCAACGUGCGCACAGGCGAGCGGCUGCCUCCCCAGGUGGAUGGUGCCCAGGUGCCCCUCAUCCUGGACCAGCACUGAGAUCCUGCCCGGUUCGAGUCCUGGCCUCAUCCUCCCUCUCUGCCCACUCACGGAGCAGCCGCGACCCACAGCCACAUCUUUCCUCCUGAUUCCAGUUCCUGGCCCAGUGGUCCCCAGGCCUGGAACAAGCAGAGAGAUGGGGAUGGGGUGAGGGUGUCUGGGGCCAGGACCCCUGAGUAAAUAAAUACCUGCCACUCUG